UUCAGUGUUGUACAUUGCGCGUUGUGGAUGCGCAGUAUAUUGAAACGUGCGUGUCUUCGUUGUCCGUCAACACGGACGCGAGAAAAUUGUGGCAAUCAUGUGAAAACCCGGUGUCAAUGCGUCAUUUCUCGGACCGAUUCAUUUAUUCUUCGUGACAAUCAGGACGAUCGGUAUUGUAACGCAAUACAGAAAAACGAUUCCAUCUUGACGAUCGUAAGUACAUUAGAGAAAGAGAGAAAGAUCUUGUGUCACGCGUAGACAUAGACCACGUACGUUUUUGCGACGAACCAGAAGAUCAUCGACCCGCGUCGUUUCGCGAAAUGUGUUCUCGCUAAGGAAGAUCGGGAGUUGUAUCGUGAGUGACAUAGAAAUUUUAUCGAGCAACAGGGACAUGGAGAACGCCAUGCAGCCGCCACCGCCACCCCCACCCUCGGAAAUUCUUGAGAAUACCAGCACAGAGCACACGGUCACCCACGUCUUGACAUUUGGGAAUUGGACAGAUUUAAACGAAGCCAGGAAGAAAUUACAUAGCCAAAUAAUUCAUGCAAAGUAAAUUUGAAGAAAGCAGCACGCAAUGAUGUUGCAUCAUAGUCAUAUUCACAGUAGUUCAAGGUCAUCAUAUCUACACGCUCAAUAGAAUAAAAGAUAUUUCGUAACAGCAAUUUUAAUCAAGAAGUAAAAUCUUAUCUACUUUACGAGAAUUUGUUAAUUAAGUUAUCCAUAAAAAAUAUAUUUAAUUAAGUUUCAUUUAGUUUUAUCCGCAUUUCGUAAUAAAGUAACAAUAUAAAAGUACGGAUGUAUUUAAUAAUAAGUUAAUACAUAAAAGGAAAUUAUACUUGUGUCUAGAUUUCAAUAGACGUAUACACAACAUAAUUUUAUCGAUCCGAUAGACGUUUUGUUUAUCGACGAUCGAUAUUUAUCUUUGGAUGCAGGUCGGGCAUUUAAACUGCACGGCAAUUUGUGUCAAUUAUAUUCUUACAUAUUACGAGCUAUACGUUUAUCUGUUUAUUAAUAUAAUCAUAAAUAUUACACAGUUGGACUUGAGCGGUAUGUUUCCUAACGAUAUAAUAUAUACACAUAUCAUAUAUAUAUAUAUAUACAUAUCAUGAAUCAUAAAUGUCGUGUUCUUUGAAGGCGCAUGCCUCUACCAUGAUGUUUCCAACUCUUUUUAGUAUAUUCCUCGACCAUGCUCCUUCCUUAUCUUCGUUAUACGAAAACCAACAUUAUCUAGCCGCUUAAACAACCGCGUGGCAGGGGUAAACGCGUCGUGGUGGGGAUACGAUAUUUACGAUUCAUGGCGUAUAAUUUUCUCCUCGAUACGCGAAAUUUCGACGAAGUCGCAUUUUCACAUGUAAAAUUCUGGUACGAUCGCGACGCAAAUGGAACGUUGAUGGAUAAAAAUAUUACUGCAAUAAACAGCCUGUCAACGAUUUGAGCAAUAAACUACUAAGAGAAACUGGUAAUAAAGUCAAUAGGCGAUCCUCCUUCUCUAACCUUACUUUUCCGAGAAACUUUAUAACAUAAUAGAAUAAUUAACCCUUCUCUCUUUUCUAUCGUUCGUAUAAAAUAAGUAUUUGUUGAAUUAAAAUUCACUUAAAUUUAAUCUCUUGUUUUCUACGCUCUGAAAACAAGAACAUAUUCUCACAUUGUCCAUACGAGUGACUUCAAUUUACGUAACGUAUAUGCAAGGGUUAAAAAUUCGAAUCUCUAGUUUAUUUUUCAUUAUUUCUUGUGCGUACGAGACGAAUCAGAUAAUUCGAUUUCGUUGAAACGGAGAAAUAGGAUUAACUGGUAUUACGCAACUGCGCAGGGAACCGGGUUCGGUUGGUUCGUUACUGGGCGGAUCUCGGUGUUUUCCAAAUCAGCUGUUAGUCGCCGGUGAAGGGUGACUCGUGAGUCUCGUAGUGGGGGGCCCGUCAGUCGGCUUUCAGACUUGGGCCGGUGCGUAUCGUGUUUUGUUUACCGCGCAUCACGAUCCGUCGUAUCUACGUGUACGUAGUCUACGUAACCUCGUGUACGUCAAAUAUCGUUUUUCCGUCGUACUUGUAACAUAUCGGUCGAGUGAAAGUGAAACGAGAUAUAUGGACUGUGGAAGCUUUUUGAAAAGCAAAACCAUAUUCCUAUUACACGCUUACGACCUCUACGCUGUAUAGUAGUUACACUAUCGGUUGUUGGUUCGCGCGAUCGACUGCGUGGUGUAAAACGUCAAGAGGAGGUCUGCGUGUUACAUGAUUGCGGUGCCGCGUAUCGAACGUGACACGCGAAAAAGACACGCUGCGCCAAGUACAACGUUCCUUUUUACGUCGUACGAUACAUUGGCCAGACAAGCAGCAGUCGCCUCGUGAAACCAUAUGCUUUUGCGGUGUUACGUACCCGGGUACUGCACCUAGUGGAAACUUCCAUGUAUCGAUGAAGGGGAACACUGUGACGUGCCUUGGAAGCGCAGUAAAUAUUUAAAAAUAAAUACCAACGCGGAGCCCCGUGUGCCCUGUAUACACGGGCGAGGCUCGAGAGUGUCACGGUGUGUGUGAGUGUGUGUGUAGUGUGUCUAUCGAAAACAUUGGAGCAGCGGAACACGUGGCAGCAGUGGUCACGGCUAAUCAAUCUAUCCACUUUUCUACACGCUGUCUCUUCCUGAAUCAACGUGUUACGUUCGAGCAGAUCGCGCAGAUAUUCGCGAAGGUGGCCAAGGCCGAGGCCUGCUCUCCGUACAAGGUAUACCUACGCACAAUAGAAUCAUAGGAAACGAUUGAACGAACUGUUUGGGAAGGAUUCAGUCUACAUCAGACAGCGGAGCGAGCAAGUUGUCGGAGCAGCCUAGUCUCUUCGCAUCUAGUAAUCGUUGGAACUUUGCUUCCAAGCUUAUUAGAAGUACGCGUAAGGAGAAAAGCAUUCGAGCUUCUACUCUCGUUCGAGGAAAGAAGAAGGACAAGGAUUCAGAGUUUCUUCUGAUAGCCUGACAAGGGCGCGUAAUAUUACGCCGAAGAGAAUCUACGAUUCAGCUGUAAGAAAAUCGUCUUCGAGAAGAAGAAUCUGGACAAGAAGAGAUCCAUCGAAGCGGAUCAUGCAACGAUUUCUUUGCUGACCCGUUCCUGGUCGUGUGUCCUCGCGUUUGCUUUGUGCAGUGACGACGCGAGCAGUACGAGUGAAAAAUUGUGCCAAGUUGUGUGGAAAAAGUGUGGAAGGUUAUGUCGAAGAUUAGUGAUCCGUCUACGAACGUCAUGAAGAACCCGGAGCACGAAAGCGGCUAUUUCGAGGACGGAAGCGACAUAGAGAUAACCGUCGAGGAGGAGACGAUUGACGUCGAGGAGGAGAUUGUCGUCGAGGAAUACACAGAGACCUGUUACGGGUUCACCAAGGCCGUUCACGAGCUCGACGUCAGUAACUUGGACGAGCCGGUUCCUGACCAUCACGAGGACAAACCGAACAAAGUAAACCUGGCAGACAGCGGAGGCCAGAGGGUAGACAUGACGCACUUCGAUUUGCUGAAGGUCCUUGGAACCGGAGCUUACGGAAAAGUGUUCCUGGUGCGUAAGAGAACGGGCGCCGAUGCCGGUCGACUCUACGCCAUGAAAGUUCUGAAGAAAGCGUCCAUCGUGCAGAAGAAGAAGACGACCGAGCAUACGAAGACGGAGCGACAAGUUCUGGAGGCCGUUCGGGACAGUCCUUUUCUGGUUACGUUGCAUUACGCCUUUCAAACGGACGCAAAGCUGCAUCUUAUUUUGGAUUACGUGAGCGGCGGAGAGUUGUUUACGCAUCUCUAUCAGCGAGAACAUUUCACCGAGGACGAAGUACGAAUCUAUAUCGGCGAAGUUAUUUUGGCGCUGGAACAUCUACACAAGCUGGGUAUAAUUUACAGGGACAUUAAGCUAGAGAACAUUCUGUUGGACAGAGAGGGUCAUAUCGUGUUAACAGAUUUCGGGCUGAGCAAAGAGUUCCUGCCGCACGAAAGGGACAACAACGCCCGUGCUUACUCCUUUUGCGGAACUAUCGAGUACAUGGCACCGGAAGUGGUACGAGGGGGCUCAGCGGGACACGAUAUUGCGGUGGACUGGUGGAGCGUAGGCGUACUAACGUACGAGCUGCUAACCGGCGCGUCGCCUUUUACGGUCGAAGGCGAGAAGAACACGCAGCAAGACAUUUCGCGUCGGAUAUUAAAAACGGAACCACCGAUGCCGAGCCACAUGGGCGCAACGGUUCGAGACUUUAUCCUGCGUCUUCUCGUGAAAGAUCCGCGACAACGACUCGGCGGAGGUCCAGGAGACGCCAAAGAGCUGAAAGAACAUGCUUUCUUCAAGGAAGCCCCACCACCAUUUAGCUGGGAAGCUCUAGAAAGACGCGAAAUCACUCCGCCUUUCGUUCCUACAAUUACUCACGAGUUGGACACCAGCAAUUUCUCGGACGAAUUCACAAAAAUGAUCGCAACCGACAGUCCGGCCGUGGUUCCGCCCAAUUAUGACAAAAUCUUUAGAGGUUACUCCUACGUGGCGCCAUCUGUACUGGUUGAAGACAAUGUAGUUAGUAAAGACAUAAUUAAAGAAGCCACGACAGCUAGUACAGAGUCUGAAAUACCUUCAGCGUCGGACGCGCUGGCUGUGAGAUUCGAGGAGUCCCCGUUCUUACAGGCCUACGAAUUAGACCCUCGAGAGGAGGCCUUAGGAGAUGGUAGUUACUCGGUCUGUCAUAAGUGCAGGCAUAAGAGAACGUUGGAGGAGUACGCUGUGAAGAUCGUCAGUCGCAGAGUCGACUGUGCAGGAGAGGUCAAUUUGCUGAGAACCUGUCAGGGACACCCAAAUAUAGUCAAUUUAAUCGAAGUCCAUGAAGACAAAACGCAUAUGUACUUGGUAAUGGAAUUGUUGUCUGGAGGAGAGCUGUUGAGGAGACCAAGGCCAUUUAGCGAGCAGCAGGCUAGUAAAAUAAUGCGGCAACUUGCCUCUGCGGUCCUUUUUAUGCACUCGAAAGGUGUGGUCCAUCGAGAUCUCAAGCCAGAAAAUAUAGUAUUCGCUCAUCAGAGCGAAGAUUCGCCAGUGAAGAUAGUAGACUUCGGUUUCGCCAGGAUAAAACGUGGCUGUGAGCCUCUGCAUACUCCCUGUUUCACUCUUCCAUAUGCAGCUCCAGAAGUGAUAGCUAAACAAGGUUAUGACCAGAGCUGUGAUCUUUGGAGUCUGGGUGCUAUAUUGUAUUCCCUGCUGUCUGGAAACCCGCCAUUUGGGACAGAUUCCCCAGACUUGGCCACCCGAAUCAGGGCAGGUGAGAUCGAUUUCGAUAGCGAAUCCUGGAGUCACGUGUCUGACCUCACCAAACAGGUCGUCAAAGGCUUGUUGACCGUGGACCCGAGCAAAAGACUGACAGCUAGUGACCUGGUAAAUCAUCCAUGGCUAAACGAAUCUAAUUCGUUCGAAGCGGCCAGUUCGGUCGAUCAAAACGCUACAGACAAUUUGAGUACACUAUCAGAGAAGCCAGAAGGAUUCCGAUUGCGGGAAGUAGAUGGAGCCAGGCUUGCCCAGCGCCGGAAAUUGCACAAGCGUUCCACUUCUAGUUCCGUAUCGUCAUCCGCCUCUACCACUUCCUCCAGUCAGUCCGUACAGCUUGUUCGACAACCCAGCACCGCAACUAACCUAGCAACUUCCGCUUCACCAGCGCAACCAAGCGCAUUCGAUUUUGGCGAAGACAAAGUAAAUGAAUAUCUCAGCUCUUUGUCUUCUUCCUCCGAUUCGAAUUCGCCAAGGAUCAUGCAACAGGAGUCAUCUAAAAGACGUAAACGAGACGAGGAUGAGGAGACCACGUCGAGAAGGCAUAAAAAAUACGCGCAAUAUACAGAGGAUUAUAAGAACAGGACUGGCCCCGUGACUAGGUCCAGGAAAAGGAAACUAGAGGAGCAGACCGUAAACGAAGACGACUUAUCUACGAUAGAGUCUUGCGAGACAAAUCAUGUGGACUUUAGGGAGAUCCGUCGGAAACAGAAGACAGGGAAACGACCCAACAGGCUUACCACUGUCAUCGUGGAGUAAAAGUUUACACCAUCUUUUCUUCGCAUCUCUCCUGUGUAUAUUGUAUGCAUUUUACGUAAUGUGAUGUCGUUAUCUGCCUUCGUAGCUCGAAUCGACUCGAACACACAUUGCGUCAUUCCUAUUUCCGGGACUUCACCCGUGAACUGUUUGAAUCCUAUACGAGUUCGUCAUUUUGCGACAAUUUGACCAUUUUGUUUUUUAUCAUUAACAUAGAUAGGGUAUGUUAAAAAAAAAAGUUUAGUUUUAUUCGUUGAUUCUUUAAUAUUUUAGGUAAUGUCAAUUGACAUAUUAAGAUUAUGUAGACUGUAUAAGAUAUAACGAUAGAAUUAAAUCGUAUAACCCAAUAAGGACCAAUGAAAUAAUGCAAUGCAAUUAUAUAAAUGCAAUAUUAUUGAAAAACGUAUGAAAGUGAUUCAUACAUUGUUUUCUUAAAGUAUAAAGUACGUAUCAAAAUAGUAUUUUGUAAAGGUUCACUGCAUAAAUCAAAGAUUAAAAAUUUCCAGGAUUGAAAAUGAAUAGUUUAUCAUAUCGUUAUAAAUAGUUAAAUUUCUUCAAGAUUCUUAAGAUUGAACGAUAUACGCGAAAGAAGAAAUAACGACGAAAAGAAUAUUACCCAGAUUCUUAGAAUUUUCUUUCCGUAGAUAAUAUAGAAUUCAAUAAUAGGUUAACAUGAUAAUGUUAAUUAAGCGUUGUUGUAAGCAAAUAACAUUUCAUUUUGUUGAGUAUAAGAAAGGUUUGAAGUAAACCUUAAAUAUAUUUAAGAUACUUUGAUGAACUCGUACAGGGUUCUAAAUGGAGUGUCCCAAGACGACACUGUUCCUUAUCGCGAUUUUUAAAUUAUUGUAGAUACGUUUAAUUUUAUGCCAUGCUUAGGGUUACGUAUCAUCGAACGAAACUACGAGAGAUAGUAUUUUAAGUAGAAAAUAACGAAUACGUGUUCCUCAUCUUUUGAAGCCACUCUGAAUGUGGAUGGAACUUAACCUAAAAAAGAGUAUUCGUCGUUCUUAGAUUACAAUAUUAUUAUUUAUCCUAUUAGAGGAGCUUUAAAACCAAACGAAUAGGUAAUUUCUAUUCUUGUCAACUAUUUUGUAAUAGAUUAUACGCAUUAUCAUCCUUUUUGUAUUAGAUUUUUCAACCAUUAUCAAUUUUCUAUGGGCAAAUAUCUGAUCAACUCAUCGAUACUGUGUAUGUGUCUGCAGAGUGUCCUAUGGAACGAGACAUAGCGUUCGAACGAUAGAAGAUAGAAUAAAAUUUCAUUUUGAAAAAUUGAAUGGUUUCGGGGUAUCGUCCGAUGCAUGUGUCUUAUUGCAGUGGGACGCUCUGCAUAAUGAAGUGUCAGAAUUAAUUCAUAAACGUUCUCGUCGCGGGCAAAUGUCGAUUUGUACAGAAAACACUGAAUAAAAGAAAACCAAGAUUCUCGCUCAAAACGCGACGAAAGAUGGAACGGUCCCUCGAGAUCGAUUCCCUGUAGAUUUAUUUUCUUUCUUCGCGUUGUCUGUGAUCAACCAUAUAUAAAAAUGGAAACAAUAUGAAAAAAAGUAACAAGAAAGUCAUCGAAGUGUUUGCCGACAUUUCUUGAUCUUCGCUCUUUCCCUGAUCCUUCUUAGAGGAAAUUAAAAGGUAAGAGAAGGGAGUAGGAAGAAGAAAACAGAGGAAGGCGUAGAGAAAAAGAGGAAAAACGACCUUGCGUAGAGACUAUGUAAAAAGAAAAAAAUGAAAAAAUUCGAUUCGUGAAAAUCACGCAUAGAAAAUGUGCCUCAAACAGACGAUUAUAUAAGGCGUGUGUGAAUAUGGUGUACACGCGUUUCAAUUUGUUUUGGGAAGAAACGGAAGGAUCUUCGUUUGUUUCAGAUGAAAAAGGAGGUUAGGAGAGGUUAGGAAUGAUAGAGGCGCGUGUAUUCUCUAUUUAUUGUAUCGACGCAAAAGUAAAACGUAUUGUGUUGUACGCGUCGAUUAUUAUUAUUAAUUAUAUACAUAAUAUAUAUAUAUAUAUAUAUAUAUAUAUAUGAAAAAAAGUAUACACACAGACUCAAAUCCAAACGGUUCUGUUUACACUAGCAUAUAUUAUAUCGGAUACAUGCUAUUCUUGUACAUUAAUUUUUAGCCUUGAAUCUUUAUAAGAAAAAUAUUAUAUACAAGAAGAAAAAAAAAUAUAUAUAUACUUAUACACACGUGGUACACACACAAAAUCAUAUACCCGUGUACAUUCUACAUAGAAUGUUAAGAGAUAGGGUUGAUCGAAGUCAUUGAGUAUUGUAAUGAUUAAUGGUACAAUGUAUCGAUUACAUUACGAUUCCUUCGUUUUGUACGAAUGUGCUUUACGUAUUAUUGCUUUCAUUGAUUACUUUUUCCUUUUCUUUUUGAAUGAUAAAAACGAUCGUGUGUAUUAUGAGAGGUAUAUUAACGAAUAGAUCAUCGAAUUAUUUGUAAUGAAAUAGACGAGUUGGAGGGAAUUGCACUUUGUUAGAAAACGUUGAAAUUGAAGAUAGUUGAGAUUUAUUUUCGUAGUCUUCGAUACUGUUUCGCGUGAUUCAACUUCUUGCUGCUUCAGAAAUUCGUUGUAUAAAAAAUUUAUUUAGAUUUUCUGAAUGACACGUAUUUUCUUUUUUUUUUUACAGAUAAUUUUCAGAAACAAAUGUAAUUUUGUUCUUUUAGUUGAUUCGUCGUAGCAAGAGGUGAGAAUAAGUAUCAUUGAGGCACGAAAGAAAUUUAACUCUUUCAUGCGUGACGAUAGUUUGUUAGUUUUCACUGUUUUUAUUACAAAUUACAAUUGAUUGUGCGGUGACUCAUGGAUAUGUUCGAGUCCAGACCUUUUUAAAUUUAAUUCUAUAGGAGUAAAACUCUAGACAAACGAUUCUACGUUAAAAAAUGAAAUGUGCAAUACAGUUUCUACGUACGAUUUUUCCCUUUUUGAGAAAUUUCAAUUUGAAAAUUCGUGGGAACUCCAUUUAGAUCAGUGUUUUUUUUUUUUUUUUUUUUUUAAUAAAUAAUACGUAUAUUUCUGUUUUGAUGAUGUUUUUAAAAGUUAGUCUAGAAGCUCAUAGAGUCUCGUAAGUAUAGUAAGGGGGUCCGCUUACUUUGUUUAUUCAUUUUAUGACGUGGGAUCAUUUGGUAAUACUUUUUAACGUUGCUAUUUAUAGUUUUAUCUUUUAUACUUUAAAAUUUAUAACCCGAUAUCUUCCAAACCUAUUACAUCUGUAUCUUCCAUACCAAAAAUGGCGUAUAACUCUUUAAGUAACUUCCAUUCAUUAGUUUAAUGUAGAGAGUAAACUUUAAUUUGCGGUUAGUUUAAUAAACAUACGAACAGAUCUGCGAGUCACGAUGUAUCGUCUUAGUGUGUAAGCCGAAAGAGGAAAGAAGGGUGUCGACUGCUGUGAAGAAAAAGUGCAACAUUAAAGAAAUAAUAAUAAAAAAUAAAAAUAAGAAACGAGAUAGGUGAAAAAGAAAGGAUAGUGAAGACUGAAAAUGGUUGUACACGGACUCAGGGAACAGAGAGACACAACCAAGGACAUAAAUUCUCUAAAAAGAAAAAAAAAAUCGAUUAUGAAAAGGAUGAGAGCGUUCCACGUGGAUGGAGAAACGCGUGCUUCUACCAAAGACGACCGAAGUAAAAUCGCUCUGCAAAGACCAAAAAAAAAAAAAAAAAAUCAAGGAAAAGUCAUAAAAAAAAUCAACAAAAGAUAUAAGAAGAAUAGAAAAAACUUAAUCUUUUCGAAAUAUUGUGAGGCGUGUAAAUUUUUGCUGAAUCGUGUGUGAUUUUCCAGGCGUAACGGUUAAACAUAUAAAUAAAAGAAGAUAAAGAAGAAAAAGAGGGAAAGAAAGAAUUAUUUAAAUAAGAAACGCAUAGAUAUAUAAAGAAUAUUAUAUAUAUUAUAUAUAUUUAAUAUAAGACUAUAUUCUAGAAGAUCAUAUUUCUUUAAUGAGAGGAUAUUUCUAUUUAGGGAUCAUACGAGUCAUUAUUGAGUCCUUAAUAAGUUGCAAUCAGUUGGAUCGUGUCGAGGAGGAAAACUGAUUUUUUCUAGAUACAUAUAUCACUGUUAUGUUAUUAAAAGUAAUUAACAGAAAGAGAUGGAAGGCGAGGAAGAUAAAAAAUAAAAAAAGCAGAGAAUUUGUAAAAAUAUGUAUAUUUGUACAGGGCGUCGAAAGAGUCUAGUGCGCAUUCUUUUUGCUAAUUCGAAAUUGAUUGAAUUAUUCAUGUCAGUAUGUUCACGUCCGUUAGGUUUACGUUACGAUGUUCGUUUCUUUUUUUUUUUUUUUAUGUAUAUGUAUUAUAGUAUGAUUUUCCGUGAGAGAAAGACCGAGAGAGUAUUCUUCGGCGACAUGUGUUCUAUCGUUCGUUGUUUCGAUCGGGACUUUUCCUCUGUCCAUAGAUAAAAUUGUGCGAUAGACUUUUCAGGCAUCCUAUAUACAUAUAUUAUAUAUAAUUAUAGCUUCUAUUAUACGAUAAAGAGUGCUGUUCUGCUGCUAUAAGUAUGUAAGAGAGACGAGGUACCUUUGUUACUACUGGUUGUUAAAUAUAUCAUAACAUAAUAUUUAUUUA